AUUGCAUCGAACAAUAGAAGUAAUUAAGAGAAAAGUAGAAAAGAAAAAUGGGUGGUUUCACGGAGAAACAAGAGGCUUUGGUGAAUAGCUCAUACGAAGCAUUUAAGGCAAACAUUCCUAAGCACAGCGUUGUGUUCUACACCUCGAUAUUGGAAAAAGCACCAGUUGCAAAGACCUUGUUCUCGUUUCUAGCCAAUGGAGUGGACCCCAAUACCCCUAAUCUCACGGGCCAUGCUGAAAAACUUUUUGCAUUGACGCGUGACUCAGCUAUUCAACUUCGAGCAAAGGGAGUAGUAGUGGCUGAUGCAGCACUUGGUUCUAUUCAUGCCCAGAAAGGAGUCACUGAUGCACAGUUCGUGGUGGUUAAAGAAGCAUUGCUGAAAACAAUAAAGGAGGCAGUUGGAGAUAAAUGGAGUGACGAAUUAAGCAAUGCUUGGGAAGUAGCCUAUGAUGAAUUGGCAGCAGCAAUUAAGAAGGCAUUUGCUUAGGAUCUAUUCUAAACUGUAAUAAAUAAAAUUUGUUUCACCAAAACUUGUUACUAUUAAACAAGUUCGUGAUCUAAAUUAAUGUUGGAUUAAAUAAGUAAAUUAUAUUGUAUUCGGAUAAACAAUCUCAAGUUAUA